AUGACAUCAACCACAGCAGCCGAUGAAAUAUUCUCCGACGAAUCAAGCUUCUAUGGCGACGAUGAUGAAAAGAACCAGCUGGAGGCACAAGUCUCAUCCUACGACCCAGAGCUAUUCUGGGUAGAGACCCAUCCGAAGCUUCUAUCAACCAUACAGGAGCAGCUGCGCGCGCCGCCAACACGCGCAAAGGCCUCACCAUCAGACGUUUCUAUGGACGAUGCAUCCCCAGAACCCAGCACCCUACGGUGCAACCAGCGCGGGAAGACCGAGCCCAUAGAGCACUUUUUAGCGCGUCUUCCGCCAUCAACAACUAAAUCCGCGAGCGUAGGCCCCUGGAUCUGGAUGUUCAAUCCACAUGAGGUGCCGCCGAGACAAAGCGGUGAUGUUCCCGCUCUGCUUCGGAAAGGCAGGGAGCUUCUGCAGGAGUACGAGAAUGAGAGUACGAUACUGCGCGAGGCGCAUGAUAAGUCUGGCGCGAAAACUACUGCUGCUUUGACUCGUAAAUUGAACCCGAUGAGGAAGGAACUUGAGAAGAACAUUCUUGCUCUGGCGAGAGAGACGGGUGUUACGGAUGGGAAGUGGAUGCUUUUUCCGACUGUUGAUCAGGUUGAUAAGUCCUGGAAGACGGUGGUUAAGGCGAUGGAGAAGGGGGAGCUUGGGGAUGCGGCGAAAGUUGCUACUGAUGAUGGGGGUGGACAGAGUCGGUUGAUUUGUGUUUACACAGCUGAUUUUGGGGAUGUUGAGGAUGUUAAGCGGGUUGUGAGUAAGUUAGUUGAUCUUGGGCUUGUUGGAAAGGGGUCCCGGCCUAUUUACUACAAGACUGAUGCGUUCACUCAUCUGGAGAUUAACUCGAAAAAUGAGUAUGGGCUGAAGGCGAGUAUGUAUUCGAGUCGGGAGGUGCUGGAGGGGAAGUAG